AUGGCUCAUUCCACACCAACAAAACCGUUUUUACCACCAAAGCCUGUAAAGAUUGCAUCUGUAAAAAACAAAUGUGCACUGCUGACAAAUUCGGUAACCCCAGUUGGCAGUAGUCCGGUGAUCAAAACUGGUGAGACGCCAACAGUGAAAUCGUCAUCAACGUCGUCAACAAAACCGAUGCAUUCAACAGCAUUUUUGAGUCGGAUAUUUGGUAGUAAAUCACGUGGUGAUUUUGAUUCCUAUGGUGCAGAAAAUCCGUCGGUAAAACGUCGACGACGUCCGGUUAGCGCAGUAUUCAGUCAGGCAUUUCAUCGACUAUCCACAACAUCAAUCUACAAUAAACGGGAUUGGGCAGAUGGAUGA